AUGAUCAACAAAUUUCUGGAAAGGUCCAAUGAAGCUCAACAAGAGCUGGAAGUAUCUGAUAAUCAAAUGUGCAAAGUAAUUACGGAUGGACAAGUGAAGACAUGGCCUAUCAAAGGGAAGCUAAAUGCGAGCAAACUAAGUGUGAAGUAUGCUAUACUUCACAGGGUUGGAGCUGCCAACUGGGUGCCAACUCAACACAAGUCUACAAUUUCUGCUGUCCUAGGUAAAUUUAUCUUUGCUAUUGGUACUAAGACCAAAGUUGACUAUGGAACCUAUAUUUUUGAACAAACUAUAAAGCAUGCGGGUAGCUAUAGUGUUAAAGGCCCCACUGCCUUCCCCUCCCUUAUUUGUGGAAUCAUCUUGAAUCAAUUUCCUAAUAUUCUAAAUGACAAAGAUUCCAUGUGCAGAAGAGAAAGUCCGUUACUCUUUCAUCAUAAGUUUUUUCAAGGAACACAUGUUCCUGAUAUUGUCACAACAUCACCUGGACCAUCCAAAGAUUUCACAACUACGAGUAAAGCUGCCAUGAUUGCAAUGCUCGAGGAGACAUGUAAGGAAAUGGAGUCCAUGAAACUAGCUCUUGAAAAUUUGAUCAACUCCCUUGAAACAGAUGACGGAGGUGAGUCUGCAGAUACUGAUAUGGAGGAACAGGAUAAAGAUGUUGGUGGAUCAGACAGUGAGAUUGAGAAAGAAGCCAGUUCUGGUGAUGGCACUGAUGAAAAUGUUGGACUCAGUAGCUCUAUUUGA